UGCCGUUGCCGUUUAUGUUUGAAAAAAACGGAGUGUAAUCUCGUGUGUUUCUCAGUUAAAGUUGAACCAUUUUUGUUCGAAACUUGUAUAAAUUUGCGUGUUGAGUUAUAUAAAGGGACAAUGGAUUACUCUACCAUCAGCAACAAAACAGGUUGCACAGAAAUAGUCGACAUAACUAAUGGUGACCUGACUGAGAAGUAUUACUCUCUCAAAAAACAAUUCGAAAACUUAUCCAGCAUUUACGAUGCCACAAAACAGGAGCUACAUGAAGCCACACGAAAUCAUAACACAGCUUUAGACGUGCAGAGGUAUUUAUCGGCCGAACUAGAGUCCCAUCAAGCUGAAGAGGAGCGGAGAAAGAAUGAGCUGAAUUCCAAAAUAACUAAGCUUCAGGAGGACAUUUCAGGGUUACGCGAGGAGCGUACGGAACUGGUUGAGAGUCAUGCUAAAGAGGUGAAGAAGUUUGAAGAUGAAAUUCGUCGUUUGAAAGAGGAGAUUGCGUUUAAAGAAGACAGGCAGUCGCCGGAGCGUGAUACAGGGGAGUUAGAUGAGGCACGGGCCGCUCUGUCGGUGGCGUUGGAGGAGGUCGCGGCAGCGAAGGCGGCGCUAGAAGAGACAAAGGCUGAGAUAGCAUCCUGGAGGAUGAGGUCCGAAGAGCUGGUAGCAGAGAUGGGUCAGAUGCGUGAAGCUGCGGAACUUCGGCGAGAAGAGCUCCGAGCUGCUGCAGAGCGUGAGGCAUCUGCGCUUGCUGACCUCGCCGAGGCACGCGCCAUGUUGCAUCAGCCUGAUGAAGGCCCUGAGCAUGCGGCAAAAGGGAAUUCCAUUUUUGCUGAAGUAGAAGAUAAAAGACAAGAGAUGGCCAAGAAUCUUAUACAGAUGAAGCAGACUAAUGCAAGACUGAGAAGAGAUCUAGCCAAUAAACAAGCGGAGGUAGAGGCGCUGCUACAUGAGAAGCAGAAUAUCUGGGAGCAGCAGGCUGGAGACGCCGCUCACUACGACAGGGAACUUAUUGAGAGCUACUCGGAGCGCAUAACUCAGCUAGAGGAGUUGUGUGAGCGCCAACGGCGGGAGUUGUCGCGCUGGUUCAAGUCUUUACGUGAGGCUUCGCCGCCUGCUCGACUUGAGCCGGGCUGGUUGCCUGCCGUGCUCGAUCAUCUCAACACGGAGUGCGACCGCCUCCGCGCGUCCGUGCUGGCGCUGGGCGCGGCGCAGCUGGCCGGCGCGGCGCAGGUGCGCGACCUGCGCCGCAAGGUGGCGCUGCUCGCCGCGCGCGCCACGCCCGGCAAGCCCGACCCCGCCCCCGCCCCCGCACCCGCCGACGGCGAACCCCCCGUCUACAAAACGGUGCAGGUGAAGAGGAUGACGCCCGAUGACGUUAGGAAGAAAGUCUCCUUCAAUUAG